GGCACCUUUUAGGCGGUUUUUGGACCCUCACAUUUCUCCAAUUCUCUGAACAAACACAACUUCAUGUCCAAUCAUCCAUGUCAAUCCAAAACUAACACAGCUAUGCAAACUCACAAACAAAAUUUUAGAUAAAAAACACAGCUCCACUUACAUAAAUUAUUGCAUGUCUUUUUUUAUUUCAUUAAUAAUGAUGUCUGUCACUAGUCCACAUAAAAAAAUAUAACUAAAUCAAGAUUGUCUCGUAAUAAUUCACAGAUUCUACACUGUUUUUAUUCAUGGGGAUGUCCCUGUUGUCGGGUCUUCAUUAUUAUAUCAUAUUAUAUUAUUGUUCACUUGAUGAUGAUGAUGAUGAUCAUCAUGCACUGUGCUGUCUGCUGUCUGAUAUAUAAGUAUUGAACAGGAGUUAGUUUUCUGACAGUGUAAUCUGUUCUGUUUCUGAUCUGAUCUGGUCUUUAGAUCUCUUACUGUAACAAAAACCAAGUUAAAGAUUAGUCAAUUGGGAUUAAAUUUGUUAAAUAAGAUUGAAACUUUUGAAAUGGGGAGUCAGUGUUCUAAGUUCACUCCAUGUUGUUUGGAUUCCCAGUUCAAACCAGCUUCAGUUGUUGAAGUUUCUGAUACUAUUGGAGUUGAAGGGAAGAAUGAAGCGGAUUCGUUGCCCGUUUUUCGCGAGUUCACGUUCGAGCAGUUGAAGAAUGCAACGUCAGGUUUUGCAGUGGAAAAUAUAGUGUCUGAACAUGGAGAGAAAGCUCCUAAUGUUGUUUACAAAGGGAAGCUGGAAAGUCAAAGAAGAAUUGUUGUUAAGAGAUUUAAUAGAAUGGCUUGGCCUGAUGCUAGACAAUUUCUGGAAGAAGCAAGAUCCGUCGGUCAGCUACGCAACAGAAGACUAGCAAAUUUGCUAGGUUGUUGCUGUGAAGAUGAUGAGAGGUUACUUGUAGCAGAAUACUUGCCCAAUGAGACACUAGCAAAACACCUAUUUCAUUGGGAAUCCCACCCUAUGAAAUGGGCAAUGCGGUUAAGGGUUGCCCUGCAUCUUGCUGAAGCUUUAGAGUACUGCACAAGCAAAGGACGCGCCCUUUAUCAUGACCUUAAUGCUUAUAGAAUCCUAUUUGAUGAGGAUGGUAAUCCAAGACUAUCAAGCUUAGGUCUAAUGAAAAACAGCAGAGAUGGAAAAAGUUACAGUACUAAUCUGGCAUUUACUCCUCCUGAGUAUUUAAGAACUGGGAGAGUAAUACCAGAAAGUGUAAUAUAUAGUUUUGGCACUCUUUUGGUUGAUCUUCUGAGUGGAAAACAUAUUCCUCCUAGCCAUGCCCUUGAUUUAAUCCGAGACAGAAACCUACAAAUGUUGACAGAUUCUUGCUUGGAAGGGAAAUUCUCCAAUGAUGAUGGGACCGAGCUACUACGAUUAGCUUCUCGAUGUUUACAGUAUGAACUCCGGGAACGGCCGAGUUCGAAAUCGUUGGUUGCUGCUUUGAUUCCUCUUCAGAAGGAAACUGAAGUUUCUUCACAUGUAUUGAUGGGUAUUCCACAUAGUACUUCACUAUCUCCUUUAACCCCAUUCGGCGAGGCCUGCUCGAGAAAGGACCUGACAGCCAUACACGAAAUCCUGGAGAACAUCGGCUACAAAGACGACGAGGGAGUAACCAACGAGCUCUCUUUUCAAAUGUGGACUGAUGAAAUGAAAGAAACUUUAACUUUCAAGAAAAGGGGUGAUUCUGCUUUCAAGCAGAAAGAUUUCAGAGAUGCUAUGGAGUGUUAUACACAGUUCAUUGAUGCCGGAACCAUGAUUUCUCCAACUCUUUUCGCGCGGCGUAGCCUGUGCUAUCUCAUGAUUGACAUGCAUCAAGAAGCUCUAAAUGAUGCAAUGCAAGCCCAAGUCAUUUCCCCUGUCUGGCAUGUUGCAUCUUAUCUCCAGGCUAUAGCUCUUGGUAUGUUAGGAAUGGAGAAUGAAGCACAGCUAGCACUCAAGGAAGGUACAAAUCUUGAAGCUGAAAGAAGCAGAAUUUCUGAUGAACACAAGUAAAAAUUGGAUUGGUUGUAGAGUUUUUUUCACUUCCAAAUUUUCAUAUUUUAGUCAAAAAAAAGGCAUUCUUUUUGCUGAUGAUUGGUUUCUCGGGUUUGGGAUGUUCUUCUGAACAAACAAUGUAAAGCAUAGCGGCUCUGCUAAUUCUUGUGAGGUUUGAUCGACUGUGUACUUCAGGAUCUAAAUGUAUUCCUGCAAUUUCAUAGAGAACAUGAGAAAAAUUGUUUUUAUUCUUUGCAAGUGAAAAUCCGAAGCUUAAUUUUA